AUGGCUCUGUGUGUGGUGCUGAUGUUACUUGUGGCGGCCGCGAAGAUAGCGUUUACAGGCACCAUCCCAAACGCAGCGCACGCCAGCGUGACCAGGCCAGGGGAUGUUAUCCUUGGGGCUAGCUUUCCGAUUCACCGCUGGUCCUCCGGAGCACCGUGCAGUGCAGGACUGUACAGCUGGGGGAUGGAAUUGAGCGCCAUUGUGAUGUUUGCCAUCGAGCAGAUCAAUGACCGGGAGGAUCUCUUGCCAAAUGUCACGAUCGGUUACGACAUUCGCGACAACUGUUACUCAGAGACUCUGUCGCUGUGGACCGCAUUCAGUCUGGCUAGCACGUCGGAGAGACCCCAGGAGGACGUCCAGUUCCCAAAGAUCAGCCCACCAGACAACGGCAGUCUGCUGUGCAUCAUAGGGACGCAAACGAGCGCAACCACCAUUCCCACAGCUCAAGCUGCUAGCUUGUAUCGGGUCCCUGUCAUCUCCCCGUUCGCGACGAGCAACGAGCUGAGCGACAAGCGCCGGUUUCCGUAUUUCCUUCGCACUGUUCCCCCGGACAGCCUCCAGGCCUCAGCCAUCGCCGACAUACUUUUGCAAUUCCAAUGGAAAUACAUUGGCCUGUAUUUUCAGCUGAACACCUACGGAAUUCACGGAGCCCAAAGCUUGCUGGACCUCGCCGAAAAGUAUGGCAUAUGCGUGGCGUUUUCCAUUGCAGUACGCUACCAAGCAAAAGCCACUGAGCUCCUCGACGCUGUCGGUAGGCUUUCGAGCUUCCCCAAAGCGAAAGUCGUUGUUAUGUUUAUGGAUAGCCAAACAGCAAGUGAAGUCUUGACGACAAUGUCCGACGGUGGACUCCUGUCUCAGUUGACCUUUGUAGGUAGUGACGCCUGGGCAUUGCCUAAUUCACUUAAGAGACACGGUGUUGAGGUUUCCCUUUUACAAGGUAGCCUCUUUGUCCAACUACGUUAUACGCGCAUUGCUGGAUUCGAUUACGACCGGUUUAUACAAAUUGUAGAAUCUAGCACCCCAUGGUUAGUUGAGUGGAAGGCGGAACACAAUUGCUCCAACCUAAACGAGUGCCCAAUCCGCAUUGAUACAAAUGACAAUUUCGUGGUUGAUGCUGUCUACGCCUUCUCGUAUGCUCUCCAUAACAUGUUUUACGAUCGCUGUAACAAUAGUACCAACUGUAAUUUGCCAAUUAAAAAAUUUAUUGGACAAGAUUUGCUGCAGUACUUACGUAAUGUACGAUUCAAAGGGCUGGCCGGGAACUACAGUUUUGACAGCAAUGGCGAUCCAAGCGGGAAUUACAAAAUACUGAACUUUCAGAUUGUUGACGGCACGGUCAGAGCCGUUGAAGUCGGGCGAUGGAGCGCCUCAGCCGCAGAUCCACUUGAACUGAAUGUGAGCGCUGUGAGGUGGCCUGAGACAAGAGGCAAACCGGUCUCAAUUUGUCGGGAGGACUGUCAAAGUGGUUUCAUAGCGGUGCCUCUGGAGGAAAAAUGCUGCUUUGGUUGUCAACGAUGUCCAGAUGAAGCCAUUGUCAUUGACAACAAGUGCAGGCCAUGUCCCAUGGACGAGUGGCCAGACGAGAAUUUCAAAGUUUGUCAACCCAUUGUACCGACCCCACCCAGCUGGAGCGAGCCCACGGUUGUUGCCAUCCUGAUCCUGUCCGCCUUUGGACUAAUCCUGUCCCUUCUGGCAGCGUUCGGAAUCUACUACUACCAAGGACACGUGUUGAUCAAAGCUGCCAGUCGUGAACUGAGCAGCAUCAACAUCUUGGGGCUCACGCUGGCCUUCCUUGCUCCCUUUCCACUGCUCGCUCAAGUGACUGACGCGUCAUGCCGUGUGUCUGAGAUCAUCACCACCUUGUGCUUCACUCUGACGUAUGCCCCAGCUCUGCUGAAGGUCAACCGCAUCUAUAGGAUCUUCGACGCUGGGAAGAAGUCCAACAAGCGUCCUCGCUUUAUCGGUCCACGACCCCAGCUAUUGUUGGCGAUUUCUGUGUCUCUUUUUAUG